UCCUCUUGUAAAAGAUAGUAAAUAGCGUCUAUAAAGAGAGCAAAAGAGAUUUCUGUUUUGUUUAUAAAGAAAGUUCUAAUUUUAAACAUUUAUUCUUAAAAUGGAAUACUGUUCCGGCCGUUCUCUGUAUAAUGAGUGAAUCAUUGUAAGAUUUUAGAUAAGGUCUUUAGUUGAUACAUUUCUGUUUUAUGUAGAUUAUAUUUAGUUAAUCAAUUCUCAACUGCAAUUAAGGUUAAAAAUCUGUCAAAAAUGAUUUUCCCUGUGUCUUUACUUUGAAGCAGCAUGUUUCUAUUUGGAAUUACUAUUUUCCUUAUUCCAUUGGUACUUUCCACACAGAAAUUUUAUUCCUCUGCCUUGAAAGCCUACCAUUUUUUACUGUUUAUUGCUAUGUUUAUUGAUUAGAACUUACAGAACACAUUUUUACAUAAUAUUUUCUCCACUCAUCUUUGUGCUCUUUAUCUUGAGAUGCUUAUGAUGUGUUUUAAUUCUUAAAAUUCCUGGCUUGGCUGUGGGUAAUGUCCAAGACAGUUUGGGAAGCAUUAAUUUUGGUGACGUAAGCUUAUGCAUUUGUAUCCCAGUGAUUGUGCAUAGUUUUGAAGAAUUUGAAAAAGGCUUAAUAUAUUAAAUGAAGAAUUGAUUCACUCUAUGCAUCUUGUUUUCCAUUUUAAAAGAGGUGGGCGUAAUUCUAAAACACUUCAUUUUGCUUUAUAGGCAUCAACAAAUAAAAAUUAUACUAGAAUUAUGAUGUCCUAGACCUUUCACUCUCACUAAGGACAUUUAACUGUUUUUGUCCUUUCAAAAUUCCGUGAAUGUCAUGAGAAGGAUAAUAUUUGGAUAUUAGGUGCUUCCUCUGGAUGGCUCUAUAGAUGAGUAAUAGUGAUUUCUCCCCCCACCUUCCUUUUUUCUGCUGCAAAUGUUGUGGUACCCAUAGCCCUGCUGGAAGUCACUUUUCAUAUUGUCUUUGGUUUUAAACUAGGUCUGAAUAUUUAAAAAUAUAAGUGAAAAAAUUAGAUUUUUCUUCUAAGUACAAAACUCACUACAAAUGCUGCUUGUUAUAAGUUGCCUUUCCCUUUAACCUUUUAACCUUGUUUUCUUUAAGUAGAAAAGAAAUUUAACUGAUACUUCUGUAUGUUUAGCAUGAAAGUGAGCACAUCUUUUAUAAUUUACAUUUAUUCGAUAAGGAUCUUAGUUAAAAAAAAACACUUCAUCAGCUUGUCUGUUCAUUUAUAGAGAAGUCAGACUGAAUGCCUCAAAUUUCUAAUCACUGCUUGUGUGUUAUAAAGGUGGCGUGUACAUGUUUGAAGAGAGAAAUCAGGGAGACAUCAAAUUGUCCAACAGUAAUUUUUUGGUAAUACACUGCCCCCAAGACUUUGAAACCACUCUUAACUUUCUUUGCCUUUUGACCCCGUUCCCUUUGCAGAGGUGCACCUUAUCUCUGUGUACCCGAAGAAAGGAAUAUAGUAAGGAGGAGAGUGUGUAAGGGGAAACCUAAAACAGAUUCUGAAAAAAAUAUAUAAUGGAAGGGAUAUUUAUGGAAGGGAUAUAUAGUGGAUUUGCAUUUUGCGAAUCAAAUCAGUUUUUCUUUUUCUUUUUCUUUUAUACUGAAUUAAUGAAAAUAAAUUUAUUUUUUCAGAAGUAAAUACUCCUGACUUAAGUUUUAGAAUUAUUCUAAAUAAGAAGAGAAUGUAGAAGUUAACUGCGUUUAUUUGAGAUUCAUCUUUUAUCUUUCAAUGGAAGUCAAUCCUAAAAUACCACCUUUGAUUGUUUACUUUGGGAUCAGAAGAUGCAUCAGAUAAACGUGUUGAACAGCUUUGUUUUGGGUGGUCUGUCAUUUCAGGCUUGUGCUGCAUAAGCAAGAUAUGACGAUCAAUGAUGCAGACUGCUGGGUUCGAUGAAGCUGGGCAUUUAUAACUAGAUUCAUUAAGGAAUACAAAGAAAAUAUUUAAAGGGAUCAAUAAUGGUGUCUUCUGGUUGCAGAAUGCGAAGUCUGUGGUUUGUCAUUAUAAUCAGCUUCUUACCGAAUACAGAAGGUUUCAGCAGAGCAGCUUUACCAUUCGGGUUAGUUAGGCGAGAAUUAUCCUGUGAAGGUUAUUCUAUAGAUCUGCGAUGUCCAGGCAGCGAUGUGAUCAUGAUUGAGAGCGCUAACUAUGGUCGGACAGAUGACAAGAUUUGUGAUGCUGACCCAUUUCAGAUGGAGAAUACAGAUUGCUACCUCCCAGAUGCCUUCAAAAUUAUGACUCAAAGGUGCAACAAUAGAACACAGUGUAUAGUAGUUACUGGGUCAGAUGUAUUUCCUGAUCCAUGUCCUGGAACAUACAAAUAUCUUGAAGUCCAGUAUGAAUGUGUCCCUUACAAAGUGGAGCAAAAAGUUUUUGUGUGCCCUGGGACCUUGAAAGCAAUUGUGGAUUCACCAUGUAUAUAUGAAGCUGAACAAAAGGCAGGUGCUUGGUGCAAGGACCCUCUUCAGGCUGCAGAUAAAAUUUAUUUCAUGCCCUGGACUCCCUAUCGUACCGAUACUUUAAUAGAAUAUGCUUCUUUAGAAGAUUUCCAAAACAGUCGCCAAACAACAACAUAUAAACUUCCAAAUCGAGUAGAUGGUACUGGAUUUGUAGUAUAUGAUGGUGCUGUCUUCUUUAACAAAGAGAGAACAAGGAAUAUUGUGAAAUUUGACUUGAGGACUAGAAUUAAGAGUGGAGAGGCCAUAAUUAACUAUGCCAACUAUCAUGAUACCUCACCAUAUAGAUGGGGAGGAAAGACUGAUAUCGACCUAGCAGUUGAUGAAAAUGGCUUAUGGGUCAUUUAUGCCACUGAACAGAACAAUGGAAUGAUAGUUAUUAGCCAACUAAAUCCAUAUACUCUUCGAUUUGAAGCAACGUGGGAGACUGUGUAUGACAAACGUGCUGCAUCAAAUGCUUUUAUGAUCUGCGGAGUCCUCUAUGUGGUCAGGUCAGUUUAUCAAGACAAUGAGAGUGAAACAGGCAAGAAUGCAAUUGAUUACAUUUACAAUACCCGAUUAAACCGAGGAGAGUAUGUAGAUGUUCCUUUCCCCAACCAAUACCAGUAUAUUGCUGCAGUGGAUUACAAUCCUAGAGAUAACCAACUCUACGUGUGGAACAAUAACUUCAUUUUACGAUAUUCUCUGGAGUUUGGUCCACCGGAUCCUGCCCAAGUGCCUACCACAGCUGUGACAAUAACUUCUUCAGCUGAGCUGUUCAAAACCACAGUACCAACCACAAGCACUGCUUCACAGAAAGGCCCCAUGAGCACAACCGUAGCCGGAUCACAGGAAGGAAGCAAGGGGACAAAACCACCUCCAGCAGUUUCUACAACCAAAAUUCCUCCUGUAACAAAUAUUUUUCCCCUGCCAGAGAGAUUCUGCGAGGCAUUAGACGCGAGGGGGAUAAAGUGGCCUCAGACACAAAGGGGAAUGAUGGUUGAACGACCGUGUCCCAAGGGAACAAGAGGAACUGCCUCCUAUCUCUGCAUGGUUUCCACUGGAACAUGGAACCCUAAGGGCCCCGAUCUUAGCAACUGUACCUCACACUGGGUAAAUCAGCUGGCUCAGAAGAUCAGAAGUGGAGAAAACGCUGCUAGUCUUGCCAAUGAACUGGCGAAACAUACCAAAGGGCCAGUGUUUGCUGGAGAUGUGAGUUCUUCGGUGAGAUUGAUGGAGCAGUUGGUGGACAUUCUUGAUGCACAGCUGCAGGAACUGAAACCUAGUGAAAAGGAUUCCGCUGGACGGAGUUAUAACAAGCUCCAAAAACGAGAGAAGACAUGCAGGGCUUACCUUAAGGCAAUUGUCGACACAGUGGACAAUCUUCUGAGACCUGAAGCUUUGGAAUCCUGGAAACACAUGAAUUCUUCUGAACAAGCGCACACAGCAACGAUGUUACUCGAUACAUUGGAAGAAGGCGCCUUUGUCCUGGCUGACAAUCUUGUAGAACCAACCAGGGUCUCAAUGCCCACAGAAAAUAUUGUUCUGGAAGUGGCAGUGCUCAGUACAGAAGGACAGGUCCAAGACUUUAAAUUUCCUCUGGGCAUCAAAGGAGCAGGCAGUUCAAUCCAACUUUCUGCAAAUACUGUCAAACAGAACAGCAGGAACGGGCUUGCGAAGUUGGUGUUCAUCAUUUACCGGAGUUUGGGACAGUUUCUAAGUACAGAGAACGCAACCAUAAAACUGGGGGCUGACUUUAUUGGUCGGAAUAGCACCAUUGCAGUGAAUUCCCACGUCAUUUCAGUUUCAAUUAAUAAAGAAUCCAGCAGAGUAUACUUGACAGAUCCUGUGCUUUUUACCCUGCCACACAUUGAUCCUGACAAUUAUUUCAAUGCAAACUGCUCCUUCUGGAACUACUCAGAAAGAACUAUGAUGGGAUAUUGGUCUACCCAGGGCUGCAAGCUGGUUGACACUAAUAAAACUCGUACGACGUGUGCGUGCAGCCACCUAACCAAUUUUGCAAUUCUCAUGGCCCACAGGGAAAUUGCAUACAAAGAUGGAGUUCACGAAUUACUCCUUACCGUCAUCACCUGGGUGGGAAUUGUCAUUUCCCUUGUUUGCCUGGCUAUAUGCAUCUUCACCUUCUGCUUUUUCCGUGGCCUACAGAGUGACCGCAAUACUAUUCACAAGAACCUUUGUAUCAACCUUUUCAUUGCGGAAUUUAUUUUCCUAAUAGGCAUUGACAAGACGAAAUACAUGAUUGCUUGUCCAAUAUUUGCAGGACUACUACACUUUUUCUUUUUGGCCGCUUUUGCUUGGAUGUGCCUAGAAGGUGUACAGCUCUACCUAAUGUUAGUUGAAGUUUUUGAAAGUGAAUAUUCAAGGAAGAAAUAUUAUUAUGUUGCUGGUUACUUGUUUCCUGCCACAGUGGUUGGGGUUUCAGCUGCUAUUGACUAUAAGAGCUAUGGAACAGAAAAAGCUUGCUGGCUUCAUGUUGAUAACUAUUUUAUAUGGAGUUUCAUUGGACCAGUUACCUUCAUUAUUCUGCUAAAUAUUAUCUUCCUGGUGAUCACAUUAUGCAAAAUGGUGAAGCACUCAAACACUUUGAAACCAGAUUCUAGCAGGUUGGAAAACAUUAAUAAUUACCGUGUUUGUGAUGGCUACUAUAAUACGGACUUACCUGGGUCUUGGGUGCUUGGCGCUUUUGCUCUUCUGUGUCUUCUUGGCCUAACCUGGUCAUUUGGGUUGCUUUUUAUUAAUGAGGAGACUAUUGUGAUGGCAUAUCUCUUCACCAUCUUUAAUGCUUUCCAGGGAGUGUUCAUUUUCAUCUUUCACUGUGCUCUCCAAAAGAAAGUACGCAAAGAAUACGGCAAGUGCUUCAGACACUCCUAUUGCUGCGGCGGCCUCCCAACUGAGAGCCCCCACAGUUCAGUGAAGGCAUCGACCACCAGAACCAGCGCUCGCUACUCCUCUGGCACACAGAGUCGUAUAAGAAGGAUGUGGAAUGACACUGUGAGAAAACAGUCUGAAUCUUCUUUUAUCUCAGGUGACAUCAAUAGCACGUCAACACUUAAUCAAGGAAUGACUGGCAAUUACCUACUAACAAACCCUCUUCUUCGACCCCACGGCACUAACAACCCCUAUAACACAUUGCUCGCUGAAACAGUUGUAUGUAAUGCCCCUUCAGCUCCUGUAUUUAACUCACCAGGACAUUCACUGAACAAUGCCAGGGAUACAAGUGCCAUGGAUACUCUACCGCUAAAUGGUAAUUUUAACAACAGCUACUCACUGCGCAAGGGGGACUAUAACGACAGCGUGCAAGUCGUGGACUGUGGACUAAGUCUGAAUGAUACUGCUUUUGAGAAGAUGAUCAUUUCAGAAUUAGUGCACAACAACCUUCGGGGCGGCGGCAAGACUCACAACCUCGAGCUCGCGCUCCCGGUCAAGCCCGUGAUCGGAGGCAGCAGCAGCGAAGAUGACGCCAUCGUGGCCGACGCUUCGUCCUUCAUGCACAGCGACAACCCGGGGCUGGAGCUCCAUCACAAAGAGCUCGAGGCGCCGCUCAUUCCUCAGCGGACUCACUCCCUUCUGUACCAGCCCCAGAAGAAGGUGAAGCCCCAGGGGACUGACAGCUACGUCUCCCAGCUGACGGCCGAGGCGGAGGACCACCUGCAGUCCCCCAACAGAGACUCUCUCUACACAAGCAUGCCCAAUCUUAGAGACUCUCCCUAUCAAGAGAGCAGCCCCGACGUGGAAGAAGACCUCUCUCCCUCCAGGAGGAGUGAGAACGAGGACAUUUACUACAAAAGCAUGCCAAAUCUUGGAGCUGGCCAUCAGCUUCAGAUGUGUUAUCAGAUCAGCAGGGGCAACAGCGAUGGUUACAUCAUCCCCAUUAACAAGGAAGGGUGUAUCCCUGAAGGAGACGUGAGAGAAGGACAAAUGCAGCUGGUGACAAGUCUUUAACAGCGCAGCUGCGGAAUCCCAGGGGCCACGCGCAAGUAUUCGUGAAGACUCCGCUGGCCCAGCGCAGCUCCCUCGGCCUCCGCCUGAAGAGACGGCCCUGUUGACCUGUGGUUCUCCAGUGUAAAAAGAGGACUGAACCUUGAAGUUCUGUGAAUUUUUAUAAAACGUACAAAAACUUUGUAUAUACACAGAGUAUACUAAAAUGAUUAUUUGUUACAAAGAGAAGAGAUGCCAACCAGGUAUUUUAAGAUUCUGCUGCUGUUUAGAGAAAUUGUGAAGCAAGCAAAGCAAAACUUUCCAGCCAUUUUACUGCAGCAGUCUGUGAACUAAAUUUGUAAAUACGGCUGCACCGUUUUUGUAGGGCCUGCAUUGUAUUAUAUACAAGACGUAGGCUUUAAAAUCCUGUGGGACAAAUUUACUGUACCUUACUGUUCCUGACAAGACUUGGAAAAGCAGGAGAGAGAUUCUGCGUCCGUUUGCGGUUCACUGCAAAUCUUUUACAUUAAGGCAAAGAUUGAAAACAUGUUUAACCACUAGCAAUCAAGCCACAGGCCUUAUUUCAUAUGCUUUCCUCAACUGUACAAUGAACUAUUCUCAUGAAAAAUGGCUAAAGAAAUUAUAUUUUGUUCUAUUGCUAGGGUAAAAUAAAUACAUUUGUGUCCAACUGAAAUAUAAUUGUCAUUAAAAUAAUUUUAAAGAGUUUGAAGAAAAUAUUGUGGAAAGCUCUUGGUUGCACAUAUGUUACGAAAUGUUUUUUCUUACACUUUGUCAUGGUAAGUUCUACCCAUUUUCACUUAUUUUCCACUGUACACAGUGUUCUGCUUUGACAAGUUCGUCUUUAUUCUUACAUUUAAAUUUCUUAUUGCCAAAAGAGCGUGUUCUGUGGGGGGAGAAAACUCUUUGAAGCCAGUUACGCCAUGCCUUGCACAAAUGUGGUGAAAUCUAGAAAAGAGUGUGUGUUCCCCCUCUGUUCAUUCUUGAACAGAGGGCGAUGAGGGCACUGGGCACUUCUCACAAACUUCCUAGUGAACAAAAGGUGCCUAUUCUUUUUUAAAAAAGAAAAUAAAACCUAAAUAUUACUCUUCCAUAUUCCUUCUGCCUAUAUUUAGUAAUUAAUUUAUUUUAUGAUAAAGUUCUAAUGAAAUGUAAAUUGUUUCAGCAAAAUUCUGCUUUUCUUUUCAUCCCUUUGUGUAAACCUGUUAAUAAUGAGCCCAUCACUAAUAUCCAGUGUAAAGUUUAACACGGUUUGACAGUAAAUAAAUGUGAAUUUUUUUCAAGUA